UUCACGUAGUUGUGGUGCUGUGUGUUCGGCUCUCUACUGCGGGAUGAUUCUGUGUUUAAUUACCAACAAAAUAAUUACAUUUUACUAAUUUAUUUCCACUUUAACGUUUACAACCCAUCCGUGGAUCUAAUCUCGGUAAAGAUGAGUGGAGCGGCAUUCCCCUCUCCGACGGCCGAGAUGGCAGAGAUAAACCGGAUCCAAUAUGAGCUGGAAUACACAGAGGGCAUCAGUCAGAAAAUGCGCAUCCCUGAACAGCUCAAAGUGGCUCCGUAUUCCUCAGAGCAACAUGAUCAUCUAGAUCAGGAUACUCGCCAUACAACAAUGAUGCAUGUUCCUGAGAGAAUUGUCAUUUCAGGGGAUAAUGACUCCCAGUUCACCCGACCCAGAGAUCUGGACCUCAUUCAGUCCACCCCACUGGAGUCGACACUGUCCCUCAAGACACCACCUCGGGUUCUCACACUCAGUGAACAGUCCCACGACUUCUUAGAAAUGGAACGGCAGAGCUCCGUCAGCCAGCCCAGUGAGGAUGUGCGCACACAAAGCAGGACGCGUAGGGAGCGCUCGGUCAGCGAGAACACAGUUGUGCAACACAAUGGUCAACUCAUCAGAAACGACUCGGCUAUUAAUCCCUCCCCCUCUGCUGCAUUGCGCACUAUGGCUCCUCACGAUGGCGCAGAGGACGGGUUUAACCUCUUCAGCGCCCGUGGCGUCCUUUCCUUCAUCCAGUCAAGCACACGCCGGGCCUACCAGCAGGUCCUGGAGGUCCUGGAUGAAAACCAGCGCAGCAAGCCAUCUCUUAGAGGGGGUUCAAACCUUUCUAUUCCCCAGCAUGACAGGCUUGCCUUGGCCACACUAGAAUCCACGCAAGAAGGAGGGAUUGACGACAUGGCCCUUGUGGAUGCCACUUCUCUGCGCAGACAGAUUGUCAAGCUGAACCGCCGCUUACAGCUUUUGGAAGAGGAGAACAAAGAGAGAACCAAACGUGAAAUGAUCAUGUAUUCUGUCACUGUAGCUUUCUGGCUCAUCAACAGCUGGGUCUGGUUUCGUCGCUGAAGCAACACAGACUGCUUAGUGGGAAGGGCAGAACCAGGACUCCGCCCUCUCCUUUAUUUGUGUCAAACAAUAGCCGUGUUUACGUAUGCCAAGCAUGUUUCGUUUUCUCCACAGUUAAGAGUGGUCACAUCAAUGGGAUGGCUUUUUGUUUGGAUUUGGGUUUACAUUUUAUUGUAAACAUGUAUUUGUAAAUAUAUUUUUUUAUUUGUACAAUCAAGAUUUUCCUCUUUUUUUCUGUUUUUGUACAAUUUUAGGGCCUUUCUGUUUAUUGUUCAAAGCCAAGCAUGAACCAGGUGUACAUAUUUGCCUUCACAAGCUUUGACUGUUCUCAUUGAUUUUUGUCAUAUGUUCCAUUUACCGUGCAAAUUAGUAUGAUAUAUAUCUUCUGCAAGAAGCAAGGGAAUGGGACGCACUGAUAUAUCAUAAACUAAGUAAAUGCAUAUAUUAUUAAAUAAUAUUUACAGACUGAUUUUAGGUAUAUUCUGUACAGUCUAUGUGUUACGUCUGAUUGACACCUACCUAUGCGUGAGUUUUGUCAUUAUUUAUAUAAACCAUAAUUGGUUUAUAAUAUGCUGGUAAUGAUAUUAUGCUACAACCUGUCCUGAAAUUGUUUAGCAUAUCAUUGAAAUAAUACUGAUUUAAACAGUACCAGUCUCUUUCAAAAGAGCCAUAAAAACCUUCUAUUUGAAUAAAUGACACCAGUAGUGAA